AGCAGAGCGCCUCAGUGGCAAAGACUGUGUCGAGACGUUGCUGAAAAUUAGAACAUGAAGGACAAGGCAUACAACCAAAGCACCUAGUUAGUGUAGAUGACACGUUAGUCAGAGCGGAUUCCCAGGAAAGAGACGGCAGUUCAGGCUGGCAUCUAUCGACCCAGCAGAGGAAAUGGCGGUGAGGCAGAGGAUUUUCAACUCAACAGCACCUUUCUCCGGAUCACACCAAGCCGAGCUGAAGGGGUCGUGCCCAACCUGCUCCACCGCAGAGCAGGAGACGGAGGAAGAGGAGGAUGAGGCAAAGGACAGCAAAAUGUCCUACGUAAAAUGGGAUACAAUUAAUAAACUCAUCACACAUGGAACCGCAGAACAAGUUGGAGAAAUGCCGUUCAAGACCUCAACCAUUAUUGCUCAGGCAGAAUGUGAAUCCUCUCAAGAAUUUAGUCCCUCUUGUUCUGAACGUUCCUUUGUUCCCAUCCCUAACUGCUACACCAGCAGAGUAUCCUCCGAGCACAACAACGUGGCGUGGCCGACAGCAGCUUCUGUCCAGGAGCCAAGCAGCUUAUCGGCGCAGCUCACCCCUAGAAAGAAGACCAGGAGGCGGCAGAAGCGCAAAGGGACAAAGAAACUGGAGAAGAAGAAGGAGAGACAGAGACAUCGGAUGCCCUCUGGAGUCCCUGAACAGGAGAGUGGAAGUUCUCGAGUCCAGAUCUUGGAGGAGUCAUCUCUUGGAGGGAGCAGCAACCUCAGUACCUCUUGCUGUAGUAGCAUUGAAAGCUCAGAGGAGCAGGAUCGAGGACCCUCUCUGUACCGUGGAAAGAUCUACAGCACUGGCUCCAGCUGCUCUCCUCUCAACUGGCCUAAAGAGGUCUUGGGUUCUUUCUCCAAUCUCCGGUCCUAUGAGGACAGCAGCUCAGACUCCCUCAGCAGUGUGGGGGACUCGUCACUGGCCCUCGCAGGCCUCAGGGGCAGCGUCAGCCAGGGGGACCCGUGCUAUGCAGGGCCCUUUUUCAAAGAUGUGGAGAUGGACGCAAGGGAGGAGGAAGAUGAGCUCUCAGCAGCUGAUUCUGUCACUAACGAGGGGCUAAUCUUUUACAACGAAAAAAUCCAGCCUGUGGACUCUGAAUACAAGGAAGGGAGUGAGUAUGUCCUCUCACAGUUCAUCAAAGAAGGCUCUUAUGGCGAAGUACACAUCGCUCAAGAUGUCAACACAGGAUUCAGAUUCGCCGUUAAAAAGAUUGCCCUGAAGAGGUUCAGCAGUGAGGAGGUGGGUGCGUGGAGUGCCCUCAGAUCUCCUCGUGUGGUGAAGCUCUUUGGAGUGGUCAGAGAAGGGCUCAAUGUAGUCCUCUUGAUGGACCACAAAUCUGGCUCUCUAGGCCAGCUGAUAGUGGAGCGUGGCCGGCUGCCAGAGGACCUCAGUCUUCACUACUACUCUCAAGUCUUAACAGCGCUAGUGUACUUGGUGAAGAAAAAAGUGGUGCAUCUAGAUAUCAAAGCUGACAAUGUGCUGCUGUCGGAGGACGGUAGAGAAACCUUCCUGUGUGACUUUGGACAUGCAGAGAGACUCAACGCUCAAGGACAGAGCCUCAGUGGGUCCAAAGAUAUGAAGGGCACAGAGACCCACAUGGCCCCUGAGAUUGUAAAAGGGGAACCCCGUGGAGCCAAAGCAGAUGUGUGGAGCAGCUGCUGUAUGUUACUGCACAUGCUCAACGGGUGUCAGCCAUGGACAAGAUACUACACCUGUAGACUUUACCUGAAGAUUGCUAAUGAGCCACCGCCUCUGAGAGAGGUCCCACCUGACUGCAGCCCUCUGACUGCUGAAGUGAUAAAAGCAGGACUCCAGAAGGAUCCAGUGAAGAGAUCAUCAGCAUCUGAGCUCAAAGAAAAAACUGACAGAGCUCUGAGAGAAGUUGGAGGACUCACCAGCCCAGUGAAGGGUCCCUACACAGAGCCCUUGUACAUUUCCACCAAGCCUCCCGACUCCCUGCAACACAUUAACAGCAGUGUUGACUUUGAGGAUGAGGAACGUCAAGAUUCUCUUGAGCAGGCGAUCAUUGCAGGGGGGAGGACGAAGAACCUGGAUGACGAUGAGGAGACGGAGGUGGUAGCGGCUGAUUGUAACGAGUCAAAGCGAGGCUCACCUUUCGGUCCACAAAUGCUGAUUUCUGAGCCGAACUACAAGAGGGGCAACAAUAUGACAACUGUACCUGAACUUGAGCUCCGGAAACUGGAGCGAGAUUUCUACCUGAGCAGUCUGUCCCAGCUUCAUUCUGCCGAGACACAGGAGCAGCUGUUGUCUUGUAUCAGCAGUGAUCCUUAUUCCACCUGGGAGCCAUGGGACAAAAAGGACUCUGGCCGCUGGUCCCUGAGCCCAGGAGACGACAUCAGCUCCGGUGUUUUCUCCUGCAGCAGUCAGCCAGACGUGCAGGUCUUCAGUGUUGAUCUGCUGGGUCACACACAAGUACCGCCACCUUGCUGUUUUGAAGGGGUGGACGUCUGCAUCACAGACUUCAGCAGGAACAGCAUCCGGAUCAGAGAGACGCGUCGGGUGAAGGUGGGCCACAUCGCCACCGGGAUCAGCGAUCAGAUCUCUGAGAGGGUGUUCACUCUGGAGACGCAGCAGGGCGAGCAGAUCGCUCCCGAUGAGGAGGUGCAGGAGUCCGGUCUGGAGCUCUGCUGUGUUCCUGCUCCGGACUUCAGCUCUGCCUGGAAGUGGAGGAUCAGAGACGGAGUGCUGGAGACAAGAUAGAGCCCUGCAGUGUUAUGUUACAUGUUGAUCUUGUUGCCUUGUAUUGGACAGUUUUAAACCUAUGUUGUUUUUUUUCUUAUUUGUGCCAUUUUGCAGGGACCAUGCUAGAAAAAACUGCAAUUUUUAAUAGCUGUCAUCAUAUUGGCAGACAGUUACUGUGUUGCUUCAAGUCUUGCGAUGUUUACAUGUUGCACUGUUGUUUACAUUAAAUAAAUAAAAAUAAGGAAAUGUG